GAACCUACAGUGUUUGGUGGGGCCCACUUGGAAAAAAGAAAAUUCUGGCGUCAAGUUGUGUUUCAAAGGAGCAAAGAACAAACGAAAUCGAAACCCCAAACCUAAACCAAACGCGAUUUUGAAUUCCCAAUUCGAUUUAUCAAACGUUGCUGUUCCAUCGAAUUGCGAUUCGUUCCAAUUCCAUGACGACACCUCCUUCUUCCUCAUCAUCUCAAUCGCAGUUCGCAUAUUCUAACGCACCUUACUUCCCCGUUCCCUUUCACCUUCAACAACCUGCAACAACUCACUACGCCGCACCGUACGUUGCCUCUCCGGCCGUUCCAAUACCCGCGCCACCCGUCGUUGGUCCCGUUCCACCGCCAGCGGCUUACUCCGUUCCGCAAUAUCAGGCGCAACAGUUAUUUGAGAGAGAUGCACAGAUAAUAACGCCGGAGGCUCUUGAGAAUGUGAAAGCAGCGAUUGCGAGUAGCGAUGUUGAGCAUAAAGCUGAGACUAAAAAGAAAGCGGUUCCUCGCAAAGCUGCUGGCCAAUCUUGGGAGGAUCCUAUUCUUGCAGAGUGGCCUGAAGAUGAUUAUCGGCUCUUCUGCGGUGAUCUUGGUAAUGAAGUCAAUGAUGAUGUUCUUUCAAAAGCAUUCACAAGAUUCCCUUCCUUUAACAUGGCACGGGUUGUUAGAGAUAAGCGAACUGGAAAAACAAAGGGUUACGGAUUUAUAAGCUUUGCCAACCCUGCUGACCUUGCUGCUGCUCUUAAAGAAAUGAAUGGUAAAUAUGUUGGAAAUCGGCCAAUAAAACUUCGCAAGAGUAAGUGGAGGGAGAGAACUGAUUUUGAUGCACUGGAGAAACAGAAGAACCAUAUUCAGAAGAAACCGAAAUUGUCAAGGAAGGGUAUUCUGCACAAGUGAAAAUAGGCCAGAAUCUGUAUAAAUCGGGUUAUUAAAUAGAACUUUGAUUUCAAAUGAGCCGUCUUUUAAUAUCUGAAAUCAUGAAAUGUAGUUUCAAUGUAACAAAGGAAAGGUUCACCUUUGGAUUUUCUUUCCCAAGAAUAUGUGCUAUUUAAAAAAACAAAUGAUGUUAAUUCUCUUUUAAAACCUUAUUUUAUGUUUACGCCCAUGAAUUUGUGAUGAUCAUUCUUAAAUGCAAUAUAGUUUAUAAUCAUCAUCCACAAUAUGUAAAUGGGAUAAUUAUACACUACUCAUAGUAUU